AUGAAGUUCCUCGUAUCCCUUUUGCUACUAGCUACGCUAGCUAUCAUCUCAAUCGAAGCUUAUCGGCCACCAGUGGUGAAACCCCACCCAAAUCGACCACCAUUUCCCAGUUUCCCAGGCCAAGGUCCAUUCAAUCCUCGCCCCCGUAGAUCACCAGACAAUAAUGGCCAAAUAUCCAUAAACGCUAAAAAAGAGGGUGGCAAGACAUCGUGGAAUGUCGAAGCUCAACAAAAAAUCUGGGAAAACAAGCAUGGCAGCAUUCACGUGAGCGGUGGAUCUAAUAAGCUACCUGGACAUGGACCCCAAAGCCAAGUUGGCAUCGGUGGAUCUUUUAAGUGGGGUUAA